GACGAAUUAGAAACUAUGGGUGCUCUUCAGUCAUCAGUAUCUGCUCCUAAAAACAAGGAGCUACGCAUGGUCAUCAUGGGUCCUCCUGGUGCUGGAAAAGGUACUCAGGCUCCACUCAUCAAAGACACUUACUGCGUCUGUCAUCUGGCCACUGGUGAUAUGCUGCGUGAGGCUGUUCAGGCUGGAUCUGAGCUUGGAAAGCAAGCCAAGAAGAUUAUGGAUGCAGGCGGUCUAGUCAGUGACGAUAUCAUGGUUGGUCUGAUCAAGUCCAACAUUGACAACAAUCCCGAAUGCAAGCGUGGCUUUAUUCUUGAUGGUUUCCCUCGAACUGUACCCCAGGCUGAAAAGCUUGACAGUAUGCUUGAAGCUAAAGGCAAAGGAUUGGAUUCUGCUGUUGAACUGGUCAUUGACGAUUCGCUGUUGGUUUCUCGUAUUACUGGUCGCUUGAUUCAUCCUGCUAGCGGUCGUUCGUACCAUCGUGAGUUUCAUCCCCCCAAAGUUGCUGGCAAGGAUGAUGUCACUGGAGAACCUCUUAUUCAGCGAACUGACGAUAAUGCUGCCACACUUACUAAGCGUCUCGAGUCUUAUCAUAAACUGACUGCUCCUGUUGCUGAUUACUACAAGCGUCGUGGUAUAUGGCACGGUGUUGAUGCUGCUCAAAGUACUAAGCUCGUGUGGGCAAGUCUAGAGGCUAUCUUUGCAAAGACCACGUAAUAGUCAACAUUUCACAAGAAUUUUCGACAAUUUGCAAGGUGCUUUUUUCUAGAUCGAUACAAUCCCAACCAAGAUUGCACUACUUUCAAACCCAUUUUGAUCGAUUGUUGAGCAUCCUAAUUUUGAAAUUUUAAUGAACUUGAUUUAGUCUUUUUCA